AUGCAUAACAUCAUUUCACCCGCCAUCUUGUACUGGGGCACACCAGUAGUCCUCAUCACGACAGAAAACGAAGACGGCACAUACAACAUCGCUCCAAUGUCAUCUGCCUGGUGGCUCGGCCACCACUGUAUGCUGGGUCUAUCGGCAAUGAGCCAGACCACGCAAAACAUGCUCCGCACCAAGAAAUGCGUUCUGAAUCUCCCCUCCCAGGACAUGACAUCCCACAUCAACCUUCUCGCACGCACCACUGGAGCGAACCCAAUGUCAGAAUUUAAAGUCCGCACGGGAUACUCAUACGUCAAAGAUAAAUUCCAACACGCCAAGCUCACACCUCAAAAGUCAGAUCUUGUCGGACCUCCUCGAAUCCUCGAAUGCCCUGUGCAGAUGGAGGCUGAAGUGAUGGAUCAUCAUGAGAUGAUGAAGGACUUGUCGGAUCGGAAGGGGAUGACGCUGGCGAUUGAGGUGAAGAUUCUGAGGAUCCAUGUGCAAGAUGAACUCCGGCUGCAAGGACAUGAGAAUCGGAUUGAUGUAGAUAAAUUGCAUCCGUUAUUCAUGGUCUUUCAGGAGUACUACGGCAUGGGCUCAAAGCGGUUGGAGGAAUCUCACCUGGCUAGGAUUGACGAGAGCAACUAUCGAGCUUUGACUCGCAGCAAUGAGGUUCCCCAAGCUGCGGAUACAGAUAUGGUAAGGGAGGAGGUGUUACCCGUCGUAGAAGCUGUAGGAGGAACCGAAGAGAUGGAAGAAAACGAGGCGGUAUGGUAA